AUGACCGAAGUCGACGCUACUCAACCGACCGCAAAUGACAGAGCAGAGAAUGUUGUUGACGACUCAGAGGAGGCAGAAAGCCAGGAAAUUAUGCUCAUGAAGCAACGCGUUGCUGAAAUGGAGAUGGAGGCCAAAAAACUUCGCGAGUUACAAGCUGCAGCUGAGGUUAACCAGAAAAAAGAACAACCCACGCCCAUGGAGACCGACGAGGACAAAAAUGAAAAUGCCGCUGAUAGUCGCAGUGUGUAUGUGGGGAACGUCGACUACAGUGCUACGCCUGAAGACAUUCAAGCUCACUUUCAGUCUUGUGGAACCAUUAACAGAGUAACUAUUCUUUGUGACAAAUUUACAGGACAUCCAAAAGGUUAUGCAUAUGUGGAAUUCGCUGAACCAGAACAUGUCGAUACUGCACUUGCAAUGGAUAAUUCACUUUUCCAUGGCAGGUUGAUCAAGGUCACCGCGAAAAGGACUAAUAUACCUGGCUUCAAUCGGGGACGGGGCAGGGGUGGCUAUAGAGGUGGCUACAGAGGUGGACACCGGGGUGCCAGUUCUGGUUAUAAUCCAUAUCGGGCGCGUGGAAGAGGUCGCGGAAGAGGAUACUAA